AAUGUUGACGAUUAUUUUUGUACCAAAACAAUUUCUUUUCGAAGAUCCACCACAAGUGUCCACUAGACUUAAUUUAUAAUUAUAGAUUCUACCUAAAGAAUAUUGUUUUUUUACGCAUUCGUUUUGUUAUUGAUAUGCAUGUCUUUCGUCCACUUACCUGUUUGCUCCCAGGCGCAGGGCCCAAGAUAGCUCUAAUAAUUCUUAACAGACCAAUUGAUGUACCUCUUCUUACACAUUUAUGGAAAAAGAGUGCUUUUACAGCAGUGACUGACGGAGGUGUGAAUCGGCUCCACAAAAGUUUUUGUGACCAGAAAGAUGAAUAUUUACCAAAUGUUAUCACUGGUGACUUUGACUCAGCCAGCCCUGCUGUACUAGAGUACUACAAGAAUAAGAAUGUUGACAUAAUAUCAACUCCCGAUCAAGAUGAAACUGAUUUUACUAAAUGCUUGAGAGUUGUCACUGAGAGAGUUGAUCAGAAAACUAUUGAGAUGGUUGUAGCUAUUGGUGCAUUUGGAGGAAGGAUGGAUCACACGUUGGCCAACAUCAACACACUGUACACAGCAUUUAGUUUAGCACAAGUUCCCCUGCUUUUGUUAUCAGAUUCUUCACUGGCUCUUCUCUUGGACAAGGGUGAACAUACUUUACACUGUGACACUGGGCUGGAAGGAGAUUGGUGUGGUUUAGUCCCCAUUGGUCAGCCAGCUUUGAAUGUUACAACCACAGGGUUGAAGUACAAUCUCACCAAUGAUAAAAUGAGUUUUGGCGAGCUGAUCAGCACAUCAAAUACUCUGGCAGACAGCAUUGUCACUGUAACAACAGACCAGCCAUUGCUUUGGCUCAUGGGAUACAAAGAUUUAUAAGUUGUUUGUUUUUUUGCAUGUGUGUGCGAAGACAAAGAAGGAAUAUUCAGAACAAUAUUUAGGAAAGUUUUUUUAUUACUCUGUUUUAACUAAGCAUUUUAUUUUUAUCCUUUUUUCUGUAAAAUUAAAUCAGAUUGUAAAAUCUAAUCUAUAUUUUUUUAAAGAAAAUAAAACUUAAUCAUUACCCUGAUAGUGAGGGUAAACAAAGAUCCAGUUUUCAAUUUUAAAGUUUUUAUAAAAGAAUUUUUUUUUUAAAUUUAAUUUAAUUUUAGUCUUAUGUUGUGGAUAAAAUGAUCAAGUUGAUGUAUUAUUUUUUUACCAAAGAAAGAACAUUUUUGUUUUCAUAAUUCUUAAUUCUUUCCUAAUUAGAUUUACCAAGGUGUAAGUUUAUAAUUUUACAAGCAAUUUAACAGUGAGACCAAUGAAAAAAAAUCUCAAUUACACACUGCUUUUGUGUUGAAUAUCCCUAAAUAGUAUGUAACACCAUUGAGCAUCUGACCGCUUAACUGAAAGUUUUGAGGUUUUAGGAUGGCACUAAGUCCUGACAACUGUAAAUAUUGAGUGUGUGACAUUCCUAUGUCUAUAGGACAUCAGUAAGUCCUGCCAACUCAGAUGAGAACAUAAUUCAAGUCAGGUAGAGGCAGCUGAUCAUAAUAAUCUCUUCAUGCUAAGAUCACAUAAACAGAUUGAACUAUACUUCGCCUGUAAUCAUUAUGAACCAUCAAAUCUUAAAAGCUCUUUUUUUAAUAUAAUUUUCAUUAUAACCUAAUAAUCAGCAAAGAUACCUAUCAAUAUUUGUGAUUCAUCAUUUUUUUUUUACAUUAAUGUAUUUCUAUAUGUUGUUUGCAUUUAAUAAAAAAUGUUUGUGAUAUUUUAUGUACCAUGUUGACAACAUCAUGUCAAUCUAAGUUUUAAGAUUUUCUUCUAAUCCUUUACAUACCAAAGAUUUGUGUUACUGUGACAUUAUUUUAUAAAGCAAUAUUUUAAUGACAUUUGUAUUUAAUUAUACUGAGGCAAUACAGUUUUAACAUAAUCCACAUACUAUCAAAAUUGAUUUUAAUGAAUGAUGAAGCCAUUCUCAUUAUAGCAUACCCUCAAACAUCUGAAAGAAUUUGAAAUAGAUGUAUUCCUGUGUUCUUUUACCAAGUGAAAAUUUUCUUCUGGAAAGAUGACAUGACUAUUCUUGAUAUUUAUUAAGUGCCUUUUUCACUCUGACUAUAAUCUCUGUUACAAUCGGCUGUUUAACAUUGAUUAAAACUGCCCUUUUCAUGUUGUGACUUCCAUUCCACUGAUCAUUUUGAAACAUUUUAAAAUGUGACGCAUGUGUGCGAUCUUAUUCUGAAUAAUAUUAAUGAGAUCUACCUGUGAGUAGAUACUGAUUGACCAGGUAAGAGACAAAACUGCAUGCCAUUAUAUUCCAGGAGAAAAAGCAUGCUACUUUUAUAAGAUCUGUACACAACAAGUUAUUUGUAAUACUUUACAAAUUACUAAACAGAUUUGGAUUAAAUUUAUGUUUGACUGAAUUAAUAUUACAAAUAAAA